AUGAAGAAAGAUUUCGCAGGUGGAGGUCUGGUUGAUAGUCACAUGGGAGAGAUGGGUGUGCUUAGACAAAUUUUUAGGGGGGCGAGGCAAUGGUGCGGAGGGUGUUGGUGGGGUGGGGCUAUUGGAGGUCCAAGAAGGGGAAGAGGGCUGAGAGAGAUCUCGACAUGGAGAUGGUGGAUUGUGGCUUGGGAGUGGGAGAUGGGGGUUAGUGCUCGAGAGAAGUUAUUUUUAUAA